CGUACGCGGGGCGCUCCGCUUCCCGUGUUCCCCCCCGUCCCCGGCGCCCCGAGAAGAGAGCCGGGCUUUCCCGCGCGCCCCGGGACGCCUCUGCUCAGGAGCCGGGGGCCGGGGGCCCCACGAUGGCCGCGGGACGCAGCCACAGGGAGCCGCGGCGAGGAUACCCGGGCGCCCCUGCCUAGCGGGGCGCAGCCUCCUCCUAGUCCGCCGCCCGACCGGCGGGAUGGGGGGCGGAGGGUCUGCCCUGAGGGUCUGCGCGGACCACCGCGGGGGCAUCAACUGGCUCAGCCUGAGCCCCGACGGGCAGCGCCUGCUGACGGGCAGCGAGGACGGCACGGCCCGACUCUGGAGCACCGCGGACGGCCAGUGCUGCGCCCUCCUGCAAGGGCACGAAAGCUACGUGACCUUCUGCCAGCUGGAGGACGAAGCUGCCUUCACGUGCAGUGCUGACUGCACCAUCAGGAAGUGGGACGUGCUGACUGGACAGUGUCUGCAGGUGUUCCGAGGACACACGUCCAUUGUGAACAGGAUCCUGGUCGCCAACAACCAGCUCUUCAGCAGCUCCUACGACCGGACAGCUCGAGCCUGGAGUGUGGACAAGGGGCAGGUGGCCCGGGAGUUCCGGGGCCACCGCAACUGUGUGCUGACUCUAGCCUACUCUGCCCCCCAGGACCUCCCUGGGGCUCCGUGCGCGGAGGAGGCCGUGGCCAGGGGGCUCCUGGUGACGGGCAGCACGGAUGGCACGGCCAAGGUCUGGCAGGUGGCCAGCGGCUGCUGCCACCAGACACUGCGGGGCCACACAGGUGCCGUGCUCUGCCUGGUGCUGGCCACGCCUGGCCACACGGCCUUCACCGGCAGCACGGACGCCACCGUCCGAGCCUGGGACAUCCUGAGUGGGCAGCAGCUGCGGGUGUUCCAGGAGCACCAGGGCUCCGUCAUCUGUCUGGAGCUGGUGAACCGGCACGUGUACUCGGGCAGCGCCGACAGGACGGUCAAGUGCUGGCUGGCAGACACGGGCGAGCGUGUGCGCACGUUCGCGGCCCACAGACACAGCGUGAGCGCCCUCAAGUACCACGCGGGCACCUUGUUCACGGGCAGCGGGGACGCCCGCGCGCGCGCCUUCGACGCCCAGUCUGGAGCGCUGCGGAGAGUGUUCCGCGGCCACGCCUUCAUCAUCAACUGCAUCCAGGUGCACGGCCAGGUGCUCUACACGGCCUCGCACGACGGCGCGCUGCGUCUCUGGGACGUGCGCGGCCUCCCGCGCGCCCCGCCGCCGCGUCCCGCCGCCCCCAAGCGCAGCCUCUCGCGCCUCUUCAGCAACAAAGUGGGCUGCGCCGCCGCCGCGCCCCUGCAGCCGGCCUGAGACGCCCCGACCGGCUGCCCACGGACCCGCGGAGGGAGCGCGGCCCGCCGGCACCGGGGGCUCCGAGGGCAAGGACCGGGGCGGCGGUGGUGCCUGUCCUCCGCGUCCGCUGACUUCCGAAGCCCUCGCCAAGCCGCCCGUGGG